AUGUUUCCUUUACAACAAAGCGAUGACAUGGUCUACCAGAUUUUCUCGAAUUCUAACCAACACAAAAUCCCACAAGAUCUGAUUAGGGAUCAUGCCUCACUGGAAGGCACUCCCAUUCCUAUAAUUGGCAACAGCAUGGGGCAAAGCCAGAGGCGGAAAGUCUGUCAUAUGGAGAGUACUAGUACUCAAGCGUUUACUUGUGAUAAAUAUAAGAAACAGAAGUUGCAUAGGGAGAUUGAACGCCAAAGGAGGCAAGAUAUGGCUUCCCUUUAUGCGUCACUUCGAUCUCUUCUCCCUGGGGAAUAUAUCAAGGGAAAGCGUUCGAUGUCGGAUCACAUGAACGAGGCGGUGAAUUAUAUAAAACACCUAGAGAAGAAGGUCAAAGACCUUGAUGUUAAGAGAGAUGAACUGAAGAGAGCGUCCAAUUUGGCUGCUCUUGGCUCAGAAACCGAAUCUUCAAACCAGUGCUUCAUAAUCCGACCCUGCUUGAUCGGUAUCGAGAUUAUGUUUCGUUGUGGCUUUGAGGAGCAAGGUUUGCCCCUAUCAAGAGUAUUAGCUGCACUUGUUGAUGAAGGACUUCCUGUUGUUAGUUGUAUCUCCACCAAAUCAGAAGAAUAUUUACUUCAUACUAUCCAAACCGAGGUCAAUGAUCCAACGAGCUUCAAUCUAUCCGGGCUGCAACAGAAACUAGCUAAACAUUGCAUCGCUUCCUCUUGCAGUCCAAAUGAAACUGCUAGAGUUGGAUGCAGGCACAUAACUUGGACGGUAGCUAUCUGUAUCAGUACUUUUACGCUUGGAAACAAUGGACUAUCUUCUAAGAAUUCUUAG